GAGAAGUACUUCAAAGAAAGUAAAAAGAAGACCUGAAGGUAGUUUUUCAAAACAUCAUAAAGAUCAUGCUCUAGUUUCUACAAGACAACAAAUGGAAACUGAGAAAUUUUUCGCGACUGUUCUCAAGACUGAAAAUGAUUCGGAAGCCACUGAUCGCACUUGCGAAAUGGAAUGCAUCGAAAUCGAAUGUAUAGAUAUCAAGGAAGAAAUAAUUGAAGAUCCAGGGAGUUCUUCGAAUGAAUUUGUAGAAGAUCCUUUAUCCAAAAUUCAAGAAUCAAAGACCGAAGGCUUGAAGAAAUACAAAUGCGAAAAAUGCGAAAGAAUAUAUAAAUAUAAACGUACUUUGAUGCAACAUGUGCGUUGCGAACACGACACACUCUAUGUUCCCAAAUGGAAAUGCCCUUCUUGUAUUUAUAUAUCGCACAAUAAGAGCCAUCUUAAUCGUCACAUCAGUCGUAAACAUUCAAACCAAAAUCCCCUCGUUAAGUCUGAAGCGAAAUACAAAUGUGACGAUUGUGGAAACAGAUACUCCCACAAAUAUAAAUUGAUGUGUCAUAAAAAGUACUUUUGUAUGGCCAAAAGGAAUAACUUAAGUCAAACAUAAGGAAGCAUAUCAAUAAAGACAAUUUUUCGAAAUUGAGGGCCCGGAGCAAAGAACCGGUUAUAACAUUCUGGCGCCCGGAUUGAUGAGACCCCGGACCGCUUUAAUUGAAGCGGUCUUCAGAGGGCCCCCACCAUAUGCGCCAGAAAGUUAGAACCGAUUCUUUGAUCCAAGCCCUCAAUUGGUGUGCAAAAGUUCUAAUUCCAAUAAUUCUUGUCCCUUAUAAAAAUUUAAGCGAAAGUUUGUUAAAAUAACAAAUGUACUCGAAAUAUUGUAUUAAUAAAAAAAUGUUUUUUAGAUUUUAAACUCUUUCUUUUGAAUUUCAGAUUGGUACAGAAUCCCCUGCAUGAUUUUUUUGUCCUCAGAAGUAAAAAGGCUAACAUUCCGAGAUAUGAAAUACUUAAAUUCCAUAUAAAUUUCUAAUUGUACAUUUUUUUAGUUCCGAGAAGUACUUCAAAGAAAGUAAGAAGAAGACCAGAAGGUAGUUUUUCAAAAUAUCAUGAAGGGUAUGAUCUAGUUUCUACAAGACAACAAAUGGAAACUCAGAAAUUACUCGCGACUGAUAUCAAGACUGAAAAUGAUCCUGAAACCGUUUAUCGGACUUAUGAAACGGAAUGCAUCGAAAUCGAAAGUAUAGAUAUCAAGGAAGAAAUAAAUGAAGGGAAUUCUUUGAAGGAAUUUUCAGUACAAGAAAAAAAUGGAGAGUGCGUAUCUAAAAUUCAAGAAUCAAAGACCGAAGGCUUGAAGAAAUACAAAUGCGAAAAAUGCGGAAAAAUAUAUAAAUAUAAACGUACUAUGAUGCAGCAUGAGCGUUGCGAGCACGACACACUCUAUAUACCCAAAUGGACAUGUCCUUUUUGUAUUUAUAUAUCGCACAAUAAGAGCCACCUUAAUCGUCACAUCAGUCGUAAACAUUCAAACCAAAAUCCCCUGAUUAAGUCAGAAGCGAAACACAAAUGUGACGAAUGUGGAAACGGAUUCAUCCAGAAAUAUAAAUUGAUGUGGCAUAAAAAGUACUUUUGUAUGGCUAAAAAGAAUAAUUUAAGUCAAACAUAAGGAAGCAUAUCAAUAAACACCAUUUUUUGUAAUUGAUGACCCGGAUCAAAUAACCGAUUAUUACAUUCUGGCACCCGGAGUGAAGAGAUCCCUGAACCCUUUAAUUGAAGCGAUCUUCAGAGGGCCUCCACUCUAGGCGCCAGAAAGUUAUAACACAAAUAUCAUCCUACAAAAAGAAAGACUUUCGAAUCAAUAUAUUACAUGCUAAUUUAAAAUCAGUUGUAUUCAU